GCGCGAGGGACUGUCAGCUUUGGAGUCUGCCUCGUUGCUUGUGUGUGCCUCGGUCCUUCCGUAGUGCCCAGCAGCCCCAGUCGCGCCCUCCGCCCAGCCCUACCCCGGGGGGGUCAAGAGGCAGUGCUACAGCUGCGGGGCCAUGAAGCGGGAUCCGCCGCAGCCUCCCUCCGACGGGGGAGAGCAUCCCUCCGGGCGGCCGCAAGAGAAGGGAUCCUCCCCUGCGGAAGAUGCGCCUCCGAAGUCUCCGCUUUGGAUCUUCGGCUACGGCUCGCUGGUGUGGAGACCGGAUUUCGAGUUCACCUCCCGCAAAGUGGGCUACAUUCGCGGCUACAGCCGCCGCUUCUGGCAAGGAGACACUUUCCACCGAGGCUCCGAGAAGAUGCCUGGAAGAGUGGUCACCCUCCUAGAAGAUUAUGAUGGGUGCACGUGGGGUGUUGCCUAUGAACUUCAUGGAGAUCAAAUUGCUGCCUCACUCAAGUAUCUAAACAUGCGGGAAGCGGUGCUGGGUGGCUACGAUACCAAGCUAGUGAAGUUCCAUCCCCAGGAUAAAGAAGGUGGUGAGCCUCUCCUGGCCCUGGUUUACAUUGCUACCCCUCAGAAUCCCUCCUACCUUGGCCCAGCAUCAGAAGAGGACAUUGCUGCUCAAAUAAUUGUUUCCAGUGGCCGUUCUGGCCACAAUAUAGAGUAUCUCCUGCGACUGGCGGACUUCAUGCGCUACUGCUGCCCUCAGGUAGAGGAUGAGCACUUGUUUUCAAUUGAGGAGGCGCUCAUCUCUAUCUUGCCCUGCCUGUACCAUGGUGAAGAAUCCUUAGUAGAAGAAUGAACAUGACUCUGCCUGCCAGAGGGACUAAGAGAGGAAUUUCCUCAAGGACAAAAGGUGCACCUUUUUAAUGCAAGUAGGCAGAUCAAUAGAAUUGGUGGAUGAAGUAGUGAGUAGGACAACUUUCCCCACAGAUGCUUCUUAAGUAGUACAUGACUAGUGAAUUAUGCUGGGAAUGCAUAGCUGACUGAAAAAGACAAUGGCUUUAGGAAGCCUAAAUUAGGCAGUGUUCUUAUCUUCAAGAGGAAGGUGACUGAAGACUCAGUGUGCUUUUUCCCCCCAGUAUUUCUGAAGCUCCUUUCAAGCAAAGACUUGGCUGCAAUAUUGAAGCACUACAAACUUUACUGUACCUCAUAAACUGGCAGAGCCACUGGGGUGGGGGAGACUGGGGUGUAUGCAUGUUCCAGGUCCAAGGGACUGGCCUUGUUCUUCCCUCUCCAUCCUCCUUGACGGUGACAACCUUCACGCCUAUGCCGGGGUUCCAGUGCAAUAUGAAUUCCUUGCCUUCUGUAGGCUCUGAUGGGGCCAAAUGUCCUCAGACAUGUCUUAAGUUAACAGUUAAUGCACUAAGCUUUUUAUAACUUG